AUGGAUAAAAAUGCUGAAGGAAGUGGUGUUGUCUCUGUUUCUGAAAAUGUAAAACUAAAGGAAAAAAUGAGGGAAGGCAGUGAUGUGAAAAGAAGGCGUUUGGCAUUUGAUGUUGCAGCUGUGAAUAAGAAAAUUCAGAAGGCCUUGACUAUUGAAGAACUUGUUCGUUAUGUUAUGUUUAAGUUUAUCGAGGACAACAAGAAGAUUCUCUCUAAUACUCAGCUGGAAUUGUUUAGGAAUACGUUUCUUGGGAAGUUUUUAGAUCUGAAGCCAAUGUCCGUUCAGCCUCAACUUCUACAUUCUGUGUUGCUGCGUGAAGUGAAACAUCCAAAUAAUAGGGAAUUGUGGUUUAAAGUAGUUGGAUAUAAACUACGUUUCAGCAUCGAGGAAUUUGCUUUGAUUAUGGGUUUAAACUGUGUUGGCGAACUGGACAAUCUCUUUUUUGCUCCGACGCGCAAUCGGAUGGUAGAAACCUAUUUUCCUAACUCAGAUGUUACACGUGAUGGAUUGGGCGUUAUUUUCUUUAAUAAGUCUUUUAAGUCGGAUGACGAUGCAGUUAAGUUGGCUGUAAUUUACUUAUUUGAGUUCCUUUUGUGCUCAAGUGAAAGUAAAUUUCAGAAUGUUAGUCGUUUCUUUAUGGAUAUGGUUGAUAGUGUGGACUAUAAUUCAUAUCCUUGGGGCAUUAUGAUUUUCCGAUCUACCAUCGCUGAUUUGAAUAAUAGGUUUGUUUCGAGUAAAAAGCUUAAGUUUUACAGACUGUUUAGUUUUCCGUUGGCUUUGCAACUAUGA